CUGCGCUCCCGCCCCGGGGCGGUGCUGCUGCCGGCGCCAGCCGCUGCGGGCCGCGCGCCGCUCCCGGCGGGGACGCCGUGCGCGCCGUGUGCCGGGCCCCGCCGGGAGCGCUGGGCGCUGCAUGGGAGCUCUUCCCCAGCGCUCCCCCACCUCCCCCCGCCGGCUGCACGGAGGAGGACGGCGGAGCAUGCCACCGGCGGGGCGGUUCCGCGGGAACUGACAUGCUGCCGAAGGAGGGCAGGCGCCAGCCCCUCCGCCUCUCCCCGCGGUAGCGGAGGCGAUGCUGCAGGGCGCUCUCCGGGCUCUCCCGCAGCCGCCAGGCUAUCGCCCGCAGCAGCCGCGCUCGCUGCCGUGAGCGGCGCGGCUCCGGCCCGGCCGAGGCGACGAGCGGCGCGGGCCCGCGCCCGUGCCCGUGCCCGGGGCGGCGGCGGCGGCGGGGAAGGCGCUGCCCGCGCCCGCGGGCGGCUCCGCGCGGCGGAUGCGUGUGCAUGAGCGCUGCACCGAGCGGGCGCAGGAAGCGCCCCCGCUCCGCCGCCUCCAUCUUCCAGGGCAGCAGGACCUCGCCGCACGGCCGCGACAGCGAGCGCCGGGGCAGCGGCUCCGAUAGUGCCUAUCAGACCCAGAGAACCCUGGAUGACUGUAAGAUGCUUGUCCAGGAGUUCAAUACCCAGGUGGCUCUCUAUCGGGAGCUGGUCAUUUCUAUUGGGGAUGUCUCCGUCACCUGUCCUUCUCUGCAUGCAGAAUUGCACAAAACUCGAACCCGAGGAUGUGAGAUGGCCUAUCAGGCUCAUCAAAAACUAGCAGCAAUUUCUGGCCCAGAAGAUGGUGAAAUCCAUCCUGAAAUCUGUAGACUAUAUAUUCAGUUGCAAUGUUGCUUAGAAAUGUACACAACAGAAAUGCUAAAGUCCAUAUGUCUGCUAGGAUCACUGCAGUUUCAUCGGAAAGGAAAAGAACCUUGUGGCCCACCCAAGAUCUUAGAUACUAAAGUGGAGGAGAGUUCUGAAGUACCCAUUUUAGAAGAUACAUCGUUAUCACCUACAGAUAUUCAACAGCAUCUAUGGCAGGUUUCCACAGAUAUUGAAAACACUGAAAGAGAUAUGAGAGAAAUGAAAAACCUUUUAAGUAAACUCAGGGAGACUAUGCCUUUACCACUGAAAAAUCAAGAUGAUAGCAGCCUCCUAAACUUGACUCCAUAUCCACUGGUAAGAAGACGGAAGCGAAGAUUCUUUGGAUUGUGUUGUCUUGUCUCAAGUUAGAAGUUUAAGCACAGAAGCACCAAGGAAAUCAUGACUUUGAUUAAACCACUAUUAUUUGACCACUAAAAAGAUGAAAAUGGCUAAUCUUGAUUAUAAAGCAUAUUUUCUACACUAGGCUAUUCAUUUUUGUCUUCUGCUCCAUCCCCCUUUUCAAAUAAGGGUUUUAAUACUUUCAAAUUAUGGUGGUCAAAAAAUGGCUGUGGAAUAGAUCUAGAAUAUUUAAAACUUUUUAAAGUAUGUUUUGCAUGCUUACUUUCAAUCACUAAAAGAAGACACAUGAGUUACGAUUAAUAUAUAAUUUUAGCGGGUUUUUUAAUUGUUUGAGCUGCAGCUAAAAGUUUGUGUGUAGUACAGUACUCUUACUAGUAUUAUAUUAAAAUCAUACUCUUAACAGUCUUUAAGCAUAGGAGAAGAACAUUUGAUCAUUCUCUCAGUCUUUAGGAAACUAUUUAAGAGCAAAACUAUUAAAGUUCUGAGACAUUCAAACAAUAUUGUAACAGAUUUUGUACAAAAUCUUCCAGUUGCUUUUUGUGCUCUCAUUAUAUUUAGUCUUCCACUGUAUCUCAACUUCAAAGCUUUAUAGAAAAAUAUCUUAAUUUAUAAUUAAAAAACCAUAUGUGAAAAUAGGUAGGACUUGUAAAUAGAGAGAAUAAUAUCUAUAAACUGGACAAUGAUUAGAAGCAACAAAUUUCCUUUUAAGCCAAUAAUAUAUCCACAAGCUUUUGGAAAAAAAUAAAUAAUUUAUUAAAAGAAGGUGUAUUCAAAUAAACAGUGUAAAACACAAUGCAAACGCAUUUUGUUGCCAGUAAAAUUCAAAGCAUGGUGUCUGCAUAUCAGGUAUUGAUCUUAUAAGGCAUGCCAAAAUUAUCUCAGACUGUAAGAUACUAAACGUUUUACAUUGUUAAUAAAGUUUUUUAUUUAAAUUAAAUGUUGUCUUGUUUCUA